AUGGCCAUUCAACAAAUCCAGUCCGAAGGCAUCUACCAUGGCCUCCCGGUCUAUCCUCCCGAAGAACAUUCUGGCUUGACGGCCAUCAUAACCGGCGCCAAUGGCAUCAGUGGCCAUUACAUGCUACGAGUCCUCUCACGAGAUCCGGAACGAUGGAAGAGGAUCUACUGUCUAAGUCGACGACCGCCUUUGAUCCCUGGUGGUCUGCCUGAUAAUGCUGAGCAUAUACCAUGUGACUUUCUCAAAGACCCAAAGGACAUUUCGGACGUACUGAAGAGCCAUGGAGUUUCCGCGGACCAUGUGUUCUUCUUCUCAUACCUUCAGCCACCACCUAAGCCCGGGACACGAGGACUGUGGUCCAAUGCCGAGGAGAUGGUCCGAGUGAACACACUUCUGCUUUCCAACUUCUUGGAGGCGUUGAAGCAUGCUAGUAUCACGCCCAAGCGCUUUAUGCUGCAGACUGGAGCAAAGAACUAUGGAGUGCAUCUUGGUCCCACCAAGCUACCGCAAGAAGAGACUGACCCUCGAGUGACUCUUGAGCCAAACUUCUACUACAACCAAGAAGACGUCCUGUGGUCCUGGUGCAAAGAAACUGGUUGCGGCUGGAAUAUAGGCAUGCCUGGUCCCAUCCUCGGCGCCGUUCCUGACGCGGCCAUGAACGCCGCCUUCCCACUUGCGGUCUACUGUGCAGUCAGCCAACACCUUGGGAAAGCACUAGAGUUCCCUGGCGAUAUCGAUUCUUGGCGGAUGAAUCAAAGCAUGAGCUCUUCCAUGAUGAACGCCUACAUGGAAGAGUGGUCCGUUCUGCUUGGUCCUCCAAACGAGAAGUACAAUACUUGCGACAGUAGUACGUUCGCAUGGGAGAGCUCUUGGCCACGAGUUGCCGGGUGGUAUGGUUUGGAAAGUAAGGGGCCUCAGGAUGGUGAUGAGUACGUUGAGAAUGAGUCGCCUUUCAACCCUAAAGGUUAUGGAUCAAAGGGUGUCACGAGGAGAAAAUUCCGGAUGUCGGAAUGGGCCAAGAGGGAUGAGGUGAAGAAGGCUUGGAAGGAGUUGGCAGAGAAGCAUGAUCUGACGCAGAAGGAGCUUGUGAAUGUUGACCGAGUCUUUGGUUUCUUGGACGGCAGUCUAUGUCGGCCGGACGCUCUGAGCUUCAGCAUGGACAAAAGCCGCAAGUUGGGCUGGCAUGGCUUUGUCGACUCUACUGAAUCGCUACUUGAAGUUUUCAGGGAUCUGGCAAAGAUCAAGAUGACUCCUCCUGUGCCGGAAGUCAAGGUCACUUUCAACUGA